UCGUUGUUUUCUUGCUGUUGACCAGGAUGGAAUCAUCUCCCCAGAGAUGGACAGUGGAUUUCUUGGUUCUGAGAGCAGCCAUUUCACUGGUGCUGUAGCUCCCAGUCUUCUCCACCAGGUGUCAUCACAAAGGUACAACGAGCAUCUGAUCGGUGAAGUACGACAGUGUAUGAAGAACCUGAAGGAGAUGAUGGAGAGGAAAAUACAGGACGAACCAAGCUGCGAGCCUCCUCACUAUCCACACUUCAGACAUGCGCCUCCAUCUUCAGCCAUGUCCUGGGAGGACAAAGAGAGUCACAGGCAGCCACUGUCAGCUCUGUCAAGAAGGUGCCCGGCAGCACCUCUUAAGGUGGAACCAAGAAGUGCCGAGUCGGAGCAUCGAGAAUCUUUCCUUGGACAUGGCAGCACUCUGCGGAGUAACAGAUUCAAUGCCCCACCACCACAUUCUACCUCCAUUCCUCCUCCUGUUCAACACCUGAGGACAAAGCUAAAAGAGCCCAAGAGGAGCAGUCCUCGCCACCAGGUGGCGUCACAGAGACCUGCAAAGACAUCUCCUCCUGAAGAGUUUGGAGAAGUCAGACGAACUGUCCACACACCGAUGGACACUUCCUGUUUACUCAGACAAAAUAAACUGCUGCGACAAAAUUCUUACAGUGUGUCUGAUGAUGAACACAGUGACCUACACACUGGAUCCGUGCAAUCCAAUUACAGCUCCAUUUCAAGCUCCACCCCCACCGCACCUCAUCAUCAUCACGAUGAUCCUUUCAAAGUGCUGGACUCCACACACCCCAUAAGCCAUCAAUGCGAGGCUCAAGGUCCGAUUGAUGACUUCAACGAAGUCAGACGAACAGCCCAGUCACCGCCAGAAUCUGUCUACAAAGUCAGACAAACAAAACUACAGCAGAAGAGUACAGCAGAUGAAACUGACAACAGAACUCCUCAUCAUCAUCGUCUUAUUGGCUCUGAGUGUUGGGCUCAUCAGCGUGAGCGAUCUAAACGAGCAGCUGGAGGACAUGACACACCGACCCACUCCUCGUCAGUCUGCUGUCGUCUUUGUCCUCACCGCAGAGACAGCAAUCCAGAUUCUCUGAGACAAAUAAACCACCAACCAGCCGUCUCCUCAGACGGAGGAACAAAGAAACGACCGUCUGCAGCUGCAGCUCCAGCUCCAACUUCACUGCCUCACUGCACGUUACUGGGACAACCAGUCCUGUUGUACUCACUGCCACUCUGCCUAUCUCCUAGUAAGAGCACCAGCACACCAUUGGAGGUUGGGGGUCAGAGGGAGUCGGAGGCUGGUCUGAGACGCUGUUUUUCAGCUGACCAGCUUUGCUCCCUGGACCUGUCACUAAACAGAGCCAUCAGAGCCGCUCAGAGGAUGAAACACACCUCCAGGCACAUGGCUCGCACUCAAGCUCUGGGUCUGCAGUAUCAGAAUCUGCUGAGUCGGUAGCAUUGGUUGGGAUGUGCAGUAUAAAGCGGCAUUGGACAUAAUGUGUCUUAAUUUGUUAGUUGUAUUUU